AAAAAAAACAAGUGUCACUGUCUCGCUGUUGUUGUUGCUUAGCGGUUUGCGUUCUUGCGUUCAAUAAAUUCAGUUUUUAAUAAUUGUAUUCCACGAUUUUUGUUAUUUCUUUGUUGUUGAGGGUAAUAUUAAUUUAACACUAUUAUAAAUUUUCAAUAUACCCGAAGUUAACCUACAAUAAUGCCGUACGCAAACCAGCCCUCCGUGCACAUAACGGAGUUGACUGAUGAUAAUGUGAAAUUCGUUGUAGAAGAUACAGAAUUAAGUGUAGCUAACAGCAUGCGUCGAGUAUUCAUAGCUGAAACGCCUACAAUGGCCAUCGACUGGGUACAGCUUGAGGCGAAUUCCACUGUUCUGAGUGAUGAGUUCCUGGCUCACCGUAUCGGCCUCAUUCCUCUCAUAUCGGACGAUGUUGUCGACAAAAUUCGUUACUCGCGAGAUUGCAUGUGUGCUGACUUCUGUACAGAGUGUAGUGUCGAGUUUACAUUGGAUGUGAAAUGUACUGACGAUCAAACUAGACACGUCACGACAGCAGAUCUUAAAACUAGCGACCCACGCGUUGUGCCCGCCACAUCACGACAUAGAGAUGAAGACCAAGCAGAUUAUGGUGAAGCUGAUGAAAUUUUAAUCAUAAAACUUCGUAAAGGGCAAGAAUUAAAGUUAAAGGCUUAUGCCAAGAAAGGCUUUGGAAAAGAACAUGCCAAAUGGAAUCCAACUGCUGGGGUUUCAUUUGAAUAUGACCCUGAUAAUAUUAUGAGACAUACAUUAUACCCAAAGCCAGAUGAAUGGCCAAAGAGUGAACACACUGAACUCGAUGAAGAUCAAUAUGAAGCUGAGUUCAACUGGGAAGCAAAACCCAACAAGUUUUUCUACAAUGUAGAGUCAUCAGGUUCUCUCAAACCAGAAAAUAUUGUAAUGAUGGGUAUUGUUGUAUUGAAAAACAAAUUGUUGAAUCUUCAAGUACAAUUAGCGCAAGAAGCACAAAAUGAUGCUCUUGCUAUUAAUUAAUGUGAAUAAUUACAACAUUUACCCAUAAUUAUCCCAACCACUUUCAUCCGCUGGCACAGUGAGCUGUGGUUAAUAAUCAAUGUGUGGACCAUGGGUAAAUUUGAUUUAACACACUUAUUACUGUGGCCUCACUAAUAUAUGGACAUUAAAUACUACUAAUGGUGUCGAUUCUGGCAUGAUUAGCUAUACUUCAAACUUAAUUAAAGAAAAAUAUAUGAAAAAAAAAAUUCAAUUUAAUUACCCAUGGGCCCACUGUCACAUUGUGGGACUAAGUGGAAAUUAAAUUAACUGUGGUACCACAUUAGGUCAAAGCAGUGGGGACAUUGGUAAAUCUAAUAAUGAUGUUAACCUUACUUUAAAUAAAAAAUAAAUUUUAAGAAUAAAGAGGAGC